AUGAGCCAAUCUGAAAAUCUCAAAUCCCCAGAAGACUCGGACAGUGAUUUGGAGCUUCUCCCAACGUCAGCGUAUCCAAAUCUUUCGGAUUUUGAACUUGAUAAAAUCGCUAGAGAAGAAUUCGAUCGUGAGGCGGAAUUCAGGGAGAUUCAGGAAGAAUUGGAGGAUGCCAAAUUGAAAAUUCAAAGGCUUAAAAUCAAAGAUAAAGAAAAAGAUAACGAAAUUGAAAAUAUUCAGAAGGAAAUUGGAAAUUUGAAUUCGAAACUGGAAUAUCAAACAGAUCAAAGUCACCUCAAUUUUUCAUCAUCCCAGCUUUUGGUUCAAGGAUGUGAACUUUUCCAAUCUGCAGCUACUCAGAUGACGAAGAUACAUGAAGAGAACUUGGCGAUUAUUGAGGGAUUGAAAUUGAAUAUUGCAAGUCUUCAAGAGAAGUUAAGAAUUAAGGAUGAGCAAUUGGAGGAGAAAGAGAAGAAGUUGAAGGAGAGAAAGUGCAGCAAACAGAAGAAGGUUGAAGUGAAGGUGAGGACUUCGCCUGAUCCUCCGAAAGCAGUUGCAGUUCAUGUUCCAGUCAGCAGAGUCACUCAGUGGUUCGAGGACUACCCUGAUCCAAUCGAGCGUCCCAUUAUAGAAAACAAGAUUCCACCUGUCAAGGAUCCAAAUGAGCCUGUAGAUGAGGAGGCCAAGAAAAACGGAAAGAUUCCCAUCAAUAGAGCUCCUCCCAUUCCAACCAUCAAGAAACCGGAACUCAAAAAAGCCUAA